GAGCCGUACCCUCGGGCGCACGCGCCCUCCCAGCAUUCAGCGGGCGCGCGGGCGGCGACCACUGAGUAGACGCAGGUGGCCGGCCCCGGCAGUUUAGGUGGCCUGAACCGACCACGUGGAGGAACGGUUGCCCCUACACCUACCCACGCCAUGAAGCCCCCCGCAGCCUGUGCAGGAGACGCCUUGGACGCAGCGGCCUCGAGCUCUGUGGUGAACUACCUGAGGUGGGACCUGAGUGCCCAGCGGAUAGGGGAGCUCACCGCAGAGCUCAUCCAGCAGACCAAGCGCGUGUACGACCAGGUGGGCUCCCAGAAGUUUGAAGACGUGUCCUACGAGAGUACGCUCAAGGCGCUGGCCGACGUGGAGGUGACCUACACAGUUCAGCGGAAUAUCCUUGACUUCCCCCAGCACGUUUCUCCGUCCAAGGACAUCCGGGCGGCCAGCACAGAGGCGGACAAGAAGCUGUCGGAGUUCGACGUGGAGAUGAGCAUGAGGCGGGACGUGUACCAGAGGGUCGUCUGGCUGCAGGAAAAAGUUGAGAAGGACUCACUGAGGCCAGAGGCCAUACGGUACCUGGAGCGGCUGAUCAAACUGGGCAGGAGGAACGGGCUGCACCUGCCUGCGGACACUCAGGAGAAAAUCAAAAGCAUCAAGAAGAAGCUGAGCCUUCUGUGCAUCGACUUCAACAAGAACCUGAAUGAGGACACCACCUUCUUGCCCUUCACCCGGGAGGAGCUGGGGGGGCUCCCGGAGGACUUUCUGAGCUCGCUGGAGAAGACGGAGGACGAGAAGUUGAAGGUCACCCUCAAGUAUCCCCACUACUUCCCUCUCCUGAAGAAGUGCCACGUGCCCGAGACCCGGCGGAAGGUGGAAGAGGCCUUCAACUGCCGGUGCAAACAGGAGAACUGUGCCAUCCUCAGCGAGCUGGUGACCCUCCGGGCCCAGAAGUCCACCCUGCUGGGAUUCAGCACGCAUGCCGACUACGUCCUGGAGAUGAACAUGGCGAAGACCAGCCAGGCGGUGGCCGCUUUCCUAGACGAGCUGGCCCGGAAGCUGAAGCCCCUCGGGGAGCAGGAGCGUGCCGUGAUCCUGGAGCUGAAAAAGGCCGAGUGCGAGAAGCGCGGCCUGGACUUCGACGGGCGGAUCAAUGCCUGGGACAUGCGCUACUACAUGAACCAGGUGGAGGAGACGCGCUAUAGCGUGGACCAGAACCUGCUCAAGGAGUACUUCCCCAUGCAGGUGGUCACCCGGGGGCUGCUCAGCAUCUACCAGGAGCUGCUGGGGCUGACCUUCGACCUGGAGGAGCACGCGGCCGUGUGGCACGAGGACGUGACGCUCUACACCGUGAGGGACUCGGCCUCGGGCAAGGCCAUCGGGAAGUUCUACCUGGACCUGUACCCGCGGGAAGGGAAGUAUGGACACGCGGCCUGCUUCGGCCUGCAGCCGGGCUGCCUGCAGCAGGAUGGGAGCCGCCAGAUCGCCAUCGCGGCCAUGGUGGCCAACUUCACCAAGCCCACCCCGGACACCCCCUCCCUGCUGCAACACGACGAGGUGGAGACCUACUUCCACGAGUUCGGGCACGUGAUGCACCAGCUGUGCUCUCAGGCCGAGUUCGCCAUGUUCAGCGGAACGCACGUGGAGCGGGACUUCGUGGAGGCGCCGUCGCAGAUGCUGGAGAACUGGGUGUGGGAGAAGGAGCCGCUGCUGCGGAUGUCCCAGCACUUCCGGACCGGCAGCGCCAUCCCCCAGGAGCUGCUGGAGAAACUCAUCAAGUCCCGGCAGGCCAACACGGGUCUCUUCAACCUGCGGCAGAUCGUCCUGGCCAAGGUGGACCAGGCCCUGCACACACAGACAGCCGCAGACCCAGCUGAGGAGUACGCCCGUCUCUGCCAGGACAUCCUUGGGGUCCCAGCCACGCCAGGGACCAACAUGCCCGCGACCUUCGGCCACCUGGCGGGUGGCUAUGACGCCCAGUACUACGGCUACCUGUGGAGCGAGGUGUACUCCAUGGACAUGUUCCACACGCGCUUCAAGCAGGAGGGCAUCCUGAAUGGCAAGGUCGGCAUGGACUACCGAAGCUGCAUCCUGAGGCCUGGUGGCUCCCAGGAUGCCAGUGUCAUGCUGAAGCUCUUCCUGGGCCGGGACCCCAAGCAGGACGCCUUCCUCCUGAGCAAGGGGCUGCUGGUGGGGGACAGUGAGCCGCCAGCAUGCUGACGUGCCUGGGCCUCUGCCCGCCCCAGACUCAGGGCUCCACGCGGCUGGCUUCCCCAUGCCUUAGCUCCCGGUGGAAACGGGGUGGCCUGCGACCAGCGGGGGCAGGUGGGGAGGGGGCUGUUCAACGCCAUUGCUUGUGUCCAGUCUCCACAACCCCUCCUUGGCAGCCGGCUCAAGUUGAGAAGGUCCUGUCUCCACUGUCUGGAGAGCCUGUGGCCCUUCAAGGCCUCGUCUUUGUUGCACUAAUGCACCCCUUCCUGGGAAGUUUUCCUAGUGAAGAUGGUUCUUUGAAAUGCAGCCAUUAAAAAAGAGAGACUGCUG